GGUCUUGCUCCCUGGCUCUGGCCUCUAGUCUCUGUUCCCCUGUCCCUCCCCCCCCAAUCUCCCUCACUCAUGCCCCCUGAGGCCCUGUUCCCUCUUGUCCCCACUGGGCAGGGCUCCUGCCCCCGGUUGCCCUGCUGGGCUGGGGGAGGGUUGGGGUGUGGGUUCCCAGCAUAGCUGGGUCCUUAAGUUUCCCAGAAAGUCAUCUUCCCCCCCCUCCCCCCAGCGCACACAUUGUUCCACUGUCUGGCUGUUUUUUCCUGUCCAGGACCCUCCAAGGCCAGGCCAGGGCUGACUGGCAGUGACUACUGCCCUGCCCUCUGCAGGUGGGGAAACUGAGUCAUGGGGGGUAUAUUAAGGGGACAGAAUUCCUUGUGUGUCUGUUUGCUCCCCCAGCCUAGCUUGGGACUUGGAGGUGGGGGACAAGGGGGGGGGAUGUCCCACCUUAGGGCAGCAGGGCCUCCCCGCCUCCCGUCUUUACAGAGAUGGACUCGGAGGCCCCACUGACAGCUCCCCAGGGGCUGUGUGUUCACCCUCUGCUGCAGGCGUGGCAUCUACAUCUGACCCUUCCUCAUGGCCUUGUGCACAGAGUCCCUGGUCCCCCAGGGUGCUCUCCACAGGACCUGCAUCACCUAAGCCACCGUGACUUUCCUUUCCGCGGCCCUGGUUCCACCUGCUUCAGUACAGAGGGAACCCCAGGCCUGGUGGCACUUCACACCCGUCUGCACCUAGUCCUCCUCCAGGAUGGUAUCCGACCUCGGGGCUAGGGCCCAGACUCCCUCUGUCUACAACCCGACGCAGCUCCGCUCGCUCCCCGCAUUGCCCGACCCACGAAGGAGCCUGGCCCGGGAGACAUGGUCCCCAAGGGGUUGAGGUUGAGGUCACAGGAGCCCAGCGCCUCCCUGCCCCCACCCCUUUCCUGGAAGCCCUAAGCUGUGUCACCACUAGCAGGUGUCAGCUGCCCCGCCCCUCUUCCCUCCGCCUUAAAGGGGUCCCUCUCCCGAGGCCUCCCAGGGUCAUAGCUCCGCCGUGUGACCGCACCCGCGAGGCCUCAGAAGCCAAGGAGCAGGACGUGGGGAUCCGGGUUCUAAGCCUCCCCUUCUGGCGUGGUGUGGCCUCCUCGACUCUUGGCCGCAGUUUUCCCCGCCUGGGCAGUGGGGACUGGCGCCCAAGCGGGCCUCCAGGGGACUGUCGGACUCGGGAAGGGGCCGGAGCCGCACCCCGGAGGGGCCACUUCGAGGCACAUGGGUUUCGAGGACCACUCCCGGCCCCACCCCACGAUGACUUGCCAUAUCCUCCUGUUGCUUCUCGCUUCCUCCGUCCUGGGGGACCCGGACUCCGUGGGCAGUGAGAAAGGCGGGUGGCGGCGGGGACAGGGCAGGAAGAAGACCGCGAGGAGCGUGCGCCCCCUUCAGGCCACUGCUUCCCGCGUCGGUGGAAUGAUGAUCUGUAAGCGCGCCUCUGCGGUCGCAGAGUUCUGGGUGUCCCGACUCCACCGAGACCCCUUUCUCGAGAGGAUUCUGUUUGAACCCGGCCUUCUCCCCUGCUCCCUCCCCAGGCAGCCCCGGCACCGCAGGCGCCUCUGUUCCCUGGGCACAUGCCAGACCCACCGCCUCCCAGAGAUGAUAUACUGGCUCCGCUGCCUCCAUCAAGGAGCACUCAGGGAAGGCCGGCCGCGAGCCCCAGGACCCUCACAGCUACGGGCGCCGCCGCCGGCGCGAGGCCAGGGUCCUGCUCCGUCUCCAGGACCCUGGCCUGAAGAAAAGAGGCCAGCGCAGUGCCCAGCUUCCUGGGUGACGUCGGGCACGUCCCUGCCCUCCCCUGGCCUCAGCUUACCCAUCUGUGUAUUGGGGCCACGACCCCAAGUUUCUUUUCCCCUAACUCCAUCUCCUGGGCUCACUCAAAAACUGUCUCCCCCCGCUGUGAUCUGGGCUGGACCCAGGGGCACACCGGGACCCAGCAUGUACAAAGAAUACUAACGUCCAGAGCCUAAUAAAACGAGUUUCCUGUUUCA